UAUCGCUCAAAACUUUUGGGAUUUUACAGUGGAUUGACUGUGAUUGAAUAUACUACCAGAUUGACUCAAAAAAGAGAGCUUUUGCAUCAUUUUUGAGAAAUUAGGCAAUCUGAUAUGUCCCAGGAGCAUACAAGCCAGCUUAAAGACAACAGCGGCAAGGUUAAAGAUAGACGCAUAGAAUCCGUAAUAAGUGAUACUGACGUCAGAUUUAAUGGAAAGAUCAAUUCUCAUCUGACAUCUCCCUCGUUGAAGUGUGCAAAUAUAGAUCAUAUUGAUGAUAGUACAUUGAAAGAAAAUGUUUAUAGUAUGACUCUUAACAUGCAUCCUCAGUCAAAUAGCCAUACGCCCCUGUUGUCCUCUGGCACAAUCCCGGACAACGAUAUUGAAAAUAUAACCGAUAUGGAAGAUUUAGAUGUAGAAAAUAAUGAGAAAGAGAAAGAGAAAGACUUUGACAAUGCGAGCUCAAACACGGAGCAGAAUAGUGAGUUUGAUCCGGCUUUUAAAGGGGAGAUUACGGAGACCCAAGAGGAUGAAAAUGAACAAGAAAUGAGCACCAUUCUUCAAAGUAGUCCCUUUCAAAUAUUAGAAUUGCGACGUGAGCUGUUCAAGAAUACACAAGUCAAGAAACAAACUGGUUUGAAGUACUACUACAUAGAUCGUGAGUGGUUAACGGUUUUCUUGAAUAAAGAGUUCAAGGAGGAUGAUUUACAAAUAGACAAUGUGAUUGGGCCAGUCAAGACUAUACCUUUUGAUCAAUCUUUGAAUGAGAUCGUUGACAGUUUUAUCGUGCUCGAUCAGUUCAAGCUUCUUUUAGAGUGGUUCCAGCUUGAAAAUAAUAAUCAAUUGAUUGAAAGAGAACUAAUUUACUCAACUACUGAAGAUAAGUUUAUUAUAGACCUACAUCCGCUUACAAUUAUUCCUCACAUCUUUUGCAAUAAUGCUUCUCAGGUUAAUAGAUUUAAACAGAUUCAAAACAGGAAUCACACAUUUCAGAUCUCCUCUUUCAGAACAGUUGCCGAUUUAUUCAGUUGUAUGCUCUCUUAUUUUGAUUUGACUCAAAUCCACGUUUCCUCUACCAGAAUUUGGUGUGUAGAGCUAGAUUCAACCCAUAGUCCUUUAGUGCUUAUUCCAUCGGCACUGAAAUAUAUAAAGAAGAGGAAAUUAGUAAGCAAAAAAAGAAGAAGAAGUGCAACUUUACGUCAAAGACAUAUAACCUCAUGCCACUUGAUGCUCGAAAUUAAGCAACCAGACGGGAUUUUCUUCCUCGACAUUGACUCUCAUGUUUUGCUUGGCUCAGGAUUAGUAGGCCUAAAUAAUUUGGGAAAUACAUGCUACAUGAAUUCUGCUUUGCAAUGCCUGGUUCACAUCCCAGAGUUGAACUCUUAUUUCCUUUAUCACUUUUUUGAAAAUGAGUUAAAUAAAGAUAAUCCUUUGGGAAACAAGGGAAAAGUGGCAAUUUCAUUUGGAAGUUUGGUAACUUCUCUGUUUGAUGAUAGGUUUAAUGGAAAUCAGUCAAGCUUUUCCCCCAAGGAAUUCAAAUAUACAAUUGGUCAUUUCAAUUCGUUAUUUGCAGACUACCGGCAACAAGAUUCUCAGGAAUUUAUUGCAUAUUUAUUAGAUGGACUACAUGAAGAUCUCAAUAGAGUUUUGAAGAAGCCUUACGUUGAAAAGCCUGAGUUGGAGGUUGGAAAAGAAGAUAAUAUGGAGGCAAUAACAAAUUUGGCCGAAAAGUGCUGGGAAGCUCAUAAAAUGAGAAAUAAUUCGGUGAUAGUCGAUCUUUUUGUGGCAUUAUAUAAAUCUACACUAAUAUGUCCAGUCUGCAAUCGUGUGAGUAUAACAUUUGAUCCCUACAAUGAUUUAACUUUACCAUUGCCAAUAACAAAAAAGUGGACUCAUAAAAUCAAAAUUCUUCCAGAAAACGGUAUUCCUAAAAUUUUUGAAGCUCAACUCAGUAGGAAUGAAACUUAUUCCGAUUUAAAGCGGCUCAUAUCCAAAUACAUGGAUAUCCAAGAAGAAAAUUUGAUUGGUGUGGAAAUUUUUAGAAAUUCGAUCUACAAAAAUUUUGAAGAUUCUACAUCUGACUCAAGAUACCUUCCUAUUUCGGAGUUGAUAUCAUCAGGUGAAGAUGUCUGGUUUUUCGAAGUAGAGAAAAUUGAAGGCAAUGCAAUAAUACCGGUUUUCAGUACCGUGGUUAGUAAUAGUAAUAGGAAUAACUUUUGCUUGCCCUUCUUCAUUUCCCUUUCUCCAGAGGAUAGAUUUUCUUAUGGAACAAUUCAAAAGAAGAUGGUUAGAAAAUAUAAACAGCUUAGUACAUCUGAAUUAUUUGUUAAAAUUGAUGAGGGUGAAGAUGGCGGUUACACAAGAAAAGAUUUUGAGGGUAUUGAGUUGUUCUUUAAAUAUCUUGGUGUAAACACACCAUCUGAUGAGCCCAAAAUUGAAGAUGAAGUUAUUAAAUCAAAUGCUGACACUAAAAUGAUUGAAGCAAAUGUUUCAGACGAUGAUGAUAAGUCUACAAUAUCUCUUGCAUCUCCAGACUAUACACUGGAAAACAUUUUCAGCUCAAAGGUGGUCAAUUCUUCUCUGGAAAAAAACUAUUAUGGACGAAAUACAACAGCAAGAUCAUUUGAAAGGUCAUCCAGUAAUAGUAACAAAUCGAGUCUUGACUUUUGGUUUCCUGAGAACAACAAUACAAUUAUCAAGCAUGAUUUGCCUUCUUUAUUGGACGGAAUGAGUACUGCAAAAAAAUGCUAUUAUUUAUACGGGCCUGAAAAUUUGAGAAUGCUUGAAGAACAUUACGAAAAGUUGGAUUGCGAGCAAGUCAAAAACAAAGAUCAAGAUGAUGAGUCAAUUGAUUCUAAACAAAAAGCAUUUUGCCCGAGUGAUAACGUAGAGAUGAUGGAUGGCUCCGACACUCCGAAUACCGAGUCUAAAAGCUUGGAAGAUGUUGAGAGUGAAUGCGACAUAGACGAAGAAUCAAAAGAUCCCAACUUUGUCCAGAAAAGCUCAUUUAUUAACACAAAAGAUGAUAUUAACGUGCCUACCAAAGAGCAAAAUGAUGGGUCACCUAUUGAUCAAUACUUUACAGCAACAGAAAAUAUAGUGUCUGGUAAGUCUGAUGUCGGUCUCCAUAAAUCUGCCAAUGUAUUACAAUCGGGAGACCAUAAUGACAAGCUAGUCUCAUCAUCGUCCUCAUCUAUUUCUCCCGUGUCCACUUCUUCUGCAUCAUCUCCAUCUGUACCAUCAUCGUCUUCUCUUUCUAUCGCCAAAGAUGUUUGUAGUGUUACAAAUGAUUCAUCAGAAGAUAGGAAGCCACUUAUUGAACCAAUGAGCGCAAUAGUCAAUGAGUUCAGAGAAAAUUCUUUUGACUUAUGUUUUUGCAACCCCUCCGAUAGCCCAUUUAGCGGGUCUGAAACUUGGUCUUCCCCUGAAAAGCUGGUAAAUGAUGACUUGGAACGUGAAAGAACAGAAAACUUGGAAAAUGCGAGAAAGCCUGUCACUUUAUAUGACUGUUUGGAGUUGUUUUCUAAACCAGAGACAUUGGGGGAAAAUGAUCUUUGGUAUUGCCCUCAAUGUAAAGAGCACAGACAAGCAACGAAAAAGAUUGAGUUAUGGUCAGCACCGGAUAUACUUACAAUUCAUUUGAAAAGAUUUGAAAGCACACAAAGUUUUAGUGACAAGAUCGAUAUUGUUGUCGACUUCCCAAUAGAAGGACUUGAUCUAAACAAAUUUGUAGCAGAUCAAAAUGGAGAACAUGUUUAUGAUUUAUUUGCAGUUGACAAUCAUUACGGUGGAUUAGGGGGUGGUCAUUACACAGCGUAUGUGAAAAACUUUGCUGAUGGAAAAUGGCACUAUUUUAAUGAUUCACGAGUUACUCCUGUCAACGAUCCUGCAGAAUCCAUUUCAGGGAAUGCUUACUUAUUAUUCUAUCGUAAAAGAAGUCGGGCUCCUUUAGGUGGAGACUAUUUUCAUAAUAUGAUGAUAGAAAUUCAGAAGAGGAAUGGCGAGUUGAAAAAGGCAAUUGAUGAUAGCCAAGUCAAACAGGCUUCUAGCACUUCAACAUUGGAGACCAGCGACGAAGAAAUGCAUACAUCUGAAACGUCUGAAUCUUCCGAAAAUUUUGAGGAAACUCAGCCGGGCAAUGGUGGCACUGCCGAGAGGAACAUUAAAAAUAGCAAUGAUGACUGCGAUGAUGAAAGCGAAAUUGAUGCAGAUGAUGGCAACAAGAGGCGUAAGCUGGGAGUUUCUUCUACAAUUGGCGAGCCUGUCCGUAAUAAUAGAGGCAAUGACGUUGCCACUAUCGCAGAAGAAGGAAGCGCAAGCUCCACGGAUACCAGUUUUACUCCUAUAUCCAGCUAGUCCGUAUAUGAUGAGCUAAGAUGUUUAUUACAUUUCGUGUAUACAUAUAUAAUUGCUAGCUAUUUUACCUGCGCUAAAUGUCAUAUUCGUUCUUAUGCUGUACGCGAUUUUGAGAAC